AUGCCCAAUUCGUGGACAAAUAGUGAGAGUCAAUCUGCCUUUGUUCCUGGUCGUCAUAUUACGGAUAACGCUUUGCUUGCUUUUGAGAUUUUUCAUAUGAUGAAGCUCAAUAAAGCUAUUGAUCAUGGUGUUUUUGCUUUUAAACUUCACAUGGCAAAAGCUUAUGAUCGUGUCGAGUGGGGUUUUCUUAGAUUUGUUAUGCUUCGCUUGGGCUUCAAAGUUUCUUUUGUGGAUUUAAUUUUGCGGUGUGUUACUUCGGUGUCCUUCCGUGUGUUGGUUAAUGGUUAUCUAGGUACUCAGUUUGAACUUGGCCGUAGGCUCCAUCAAGGCGACCCGAUGUCCCCGUUCAUUUUCCUAUUUUGUGCGAAGGCUUUAUCGGGCAUGUUGAGAAGAGCUGAAACUCAAAAGUUACUUCAUGGAGCUCGUAUUUGUAGAACGGCGCCGAGAGUAUCCCAUCUUUUAUUUGCGGACGAUUGCAUUAUUUUUGGAAUGAGUAAUAUGAACGAGAUAGAUGUUGUGAAGGGCAUUAUUCGAGCGUACGAGGGAGUCUCGGGUCAACUGGUGAAUUUGGACAAGUCCUCCAUUUCGUUUAGCGGUGGUGUGUUGGAGGUGAAGAAGGUUGACCUCUCGAUCCGUUUGGGGGUUAACAGGACUGGAGCAGGUUCGACUUAUCUCGGUAUCCCCAGCACUAUUGGUCGAUCUGAGAAGGAAAAUUUUCAAAUGCUUAUUGACAGGACACGCAAGAAGACUAAGGAUUGGAAACGUAUAUUUUUGUCGGGAGCUGGCAAGAUGAUCCUUAUUCAAUCAGUGUUGCAGUCCAUUCCAACCUACUUAAUGAGCUGCUUUGCUCUUUCUGCUCAAGUGUGCCAACAGCUGAAUAAUGUGGCAGCCAGAUUCUUUUGGGGGCAAAAGGAGGAUGAGAGGCGUAUACAUUGGCUAAGUUGGACGAAGUUGUGUCAAACAAAAAGGAAUGGUGGUUUGGGUUUUCGUGACAUAUCCUUAUUUAACCAAGCGAUGCUUGCUAAACAAGCGUGGAGGCUCAUUCUUCAUGACAAGUCUCUGUUGGCUCGAUCGUUGAAAGCGAGAUAUUUUCCUAGAAAUGACAUACUCUUGGCUAGUAAUGCUCAUAACCCGUCUUACGCAUGGAAAAGCAUACUUUCGGAAGGUAUCGCGUGGAAAAUUGGGAACGGAGCUCGAGUGAGGAUCGGUCUUGAUUCUUGGUUGCCUGACGAAAUUGGUCAUUUUUUCCGGCGAGGGUUGAGCUGGGAGAGAAUUGACAAGUGUAUUCAGCCUGAAGAUAGUUGGAAAUUCCAAGCACAGAUUCCGAUUCACCCAAAUAACAGCGAUAGACCAUUUUGGCCAAAAGGAAAAUUCAAUAUGUACUCUGUGAAAUCUGGUUACCUUUUAGUUGUGGAGAUUAAACAGCGCGAUGAAGCGUCUACAUCUCGGCAGGUGGGAGUGUUGUGGAAGUGGGUAUGGAGUCUUGAGGUGAUCCCAAAAGUGAAGAUGUUCUUGUGGAAGUGCUUGUCCAAUUGCCUCCCUACUGCUAUGGCCCUUCGUGGUCGAGGGAUUGAUGUUGAUGGUUUCUGUAGGAGAUGUGGUUUGAGUGAGGAAACGCUGCAACCGUUGGAACAAGAGGAAUCCAUUGUUCAUUGGUUCGAAAAGAUUAGAGCUUGCCCCCAGAGAGAAGUUCAUGCCUUGUUUGCUACCCUUGCAUGGACAAUCAGACAUUCUGCUGCCUCUUUGGAUUGCGAUGGUGAUAGCGUCUGCAAAGUCACUUCAGAUGCUGCUUUACGAGUGGGAGUGGGUGCUGGUUUGGGUGCUGUAGUAAAACGUGGGGAUGGUGCUAUGUUGGGCUGCCGCUUUGGGUUCAAGAGUGGAGUGUUUUCUGCUCUGGAAGGAGAAGCUUUUGCUCUUCUUGAAGGACUUAUCUUGCGUAGGGAGAAGGGUGUGAGAGAGGUGAUUGCAGAAACUGAUUGUCAACAUCUCUACUGGAUGCUUGCUCGAAAAGAUAGAGAUCUGUCCUACCUGGGUGAUACUUUGGAUAAGAUUCAAGAGUUGAAGUCUCAGUUCCAUCGCCUUGAUUUCAGUUGGACGCCGCGUGAAGGGAAUUCCAUAGCCGACUCUAUUGCUUGUUUUGCUCUUAGUUCCUUGUCUUGCUUUUCUUCUCAUGAUGUUAUACCUGCUGGUGUGAACUCUUUCGCUGGUUAA